CCUCGGGCAGCACGCGGAGAGCGCCUCUGGGCGCCCAGGAGAGGGGAGGCGGCUGGAGUGGACCCGCAGGGCCCGCCCGCUCUCGGGGCGCACGGACUCCGGGCGGGGCGGGGACGGGGACCGGCGCGCGCGCGGCCGGCGCAGUCGUCUCGGGGCGGGGCCUGCUCCCCCAGCUGUGGGCGCUGCCGACACCAGGGGCUGGGCCGGCGGCGUCCAGAUGCGGCGGCGGCGGCGCGGAGCUCGGGCCGCUGAGGAAGAGCCCAGUCCGGGCCGCGGGAGGCGCCGGGAGCCUCGCCGCCAGGAGUCGCGCGACAGGUUUCCUUCCUUCUCACGACUCCCAGCGUGGGACGGGCGCCCGCGCAGGACAGGGCUUCCCGGUUCGCGCGCUCGGUCCUGUUCCUGGCAAGAUGAAGGACCGGCUAGCCGAACUUGUGGAGUUAACCAAGAACUAUGACCAGCAGUUCCCAGACGGGGACGAUGACUUGGACUCGCCCCACGAGGACAUAGUGUUCGAGACGGACCACAUCCUGGAGUCCUUGUACAGAGACAUCCAGGACCUUCAGAAUGAAAACCAGCAGCUGAUGACCGACGUGAAGCGGCUGGGAAAGCAGAACGCCCGCUUCCUCACGUCCAUGCGGCGCCUCAGCAGCAUCAAGCGCGACACCAACUCGAUUGCCAAGGACAUCAAGGCCCGGGGAGAGAACAUCCACCGCAAGCUGCGGGCCAUGAAGGCGCUGAGCGAGGAGGCGGAGGCCCGGCACGGCCCCAACUCGGCGGUGGCGCGCAUCUGGCAGGCGCAGUUCAGCGCGCUCACCCGCACCUUCCAGAGCGCCAUGCACCAGUACAACCAGGCCGAGAUGAAGCAGCGCCACAACUGCAAGAUCCGCAUCCAGCGCCAGCUGGAGAUCAUGGGCAAGGACGUGUCGGGCGAGCAGAUCGAGGACAUGUUCGAGCAGGGCAAGUGGGACGUGUUCUCUGAGAACUUGCUAGCCGACGUGAAGGGCGCGCGGGCGGCCCUCAACGAGAUCGAGAGCCGCCACCGCGAGCUGCUGCGGCUGGAGAGCCGCAUCCGCGACGUGCACGAGCUCUUCCUGCAGAUGGCGGUGCUGCUGGAGGAGCAGGCAGACCCGCUGAACGUCAUCGAGCUCAAUGUGAAGAGGACCCUCGACUACACCGGCCAGGCCAAGGCGCAGGUGCGCAAGGCGGUGCAGUACAAGAAGAACCCCUGCCGGACCCUCUGCGGCUGCUGCUGCCCCUGCCUCAACUAGCAGGUCGGCCCCGGCCGCGAAACACCCCGGGGAAGAUCUGGGGGGCCGCGGCACAGGGGUGAGUUUCCCCAAGUCCUAGGGGCUUCUUAGAGAAAGAAGAAUUUUCAGGUGCGAGAAUUCCCACCCCGCUUGUGUUUGGGAAGGGGGUCUCAUGCCAACCCGUCCUUCUCCGGUAAGGACAGAUAGCCAGGGCGGUUGUGGGAGGGCAUUAUAUGGCACGUGGCACCCUUUCCCUCUUAACCGAAGCCCAACAAAGAACUGACGUUGUGGCUGACUGUGCCGUAAAUGUCCAGGGCAUGCUUCCUAACGAAUCUUUAGGCGGAAGUCGGUUCUGCACUGGCUGAUAGUAUGAACUCAUUAUCAAAACUUAAAUUCCUUUACCUUAUCCUGAAAGCCCCUUGGUUCUGCUCAAUUUCACAUGACAUGGAUCUUGAGAAAAACUGUACAUCUUUCAUCUCUGAGUCUUAUCUGCCUUAUCCGGUGUGAUCCCUGCCUAGAAGUACACCUUCUUUCUGCCCACUUCCCCUACUUAUUAAAAUCACGCUUAACACUCAUUAUUUCCUCAUCUCUUUCGCUUUUAGUACCUGCCAUCAGAAUAUCUGUUGGAUUUUUUCCGAAUAUUUUUAAGCACUGAGUUUUGAACACGUACUCAAAUUGAAGUAUGUUAUCAGUCAUAUUUUAUAUAUUUUUCAUAAAUAAUUUAAAAUUUAUCUUUUUACUUGGUAAUAUAAAUGCACAUAAAUACGUAAAUAUAAAGUACUAAUAUUAAGACAUGUACAUGAUGACCAAUUGGUUUAACUUGACUUUUGUAAAUAUGGUCUAUAAAUAUCAAGAGCAACACUCUUACUGGUCACUGGUGUUGGUUUGCUUGUUUUGAGUUUAUCUCACUCCCAUGUCCAUAGUCACAAUUCUGUUUUGAACCACUCUGUGUCGGUUGUGGUGGUAGAGACAGAUGUCAAAGGCGAAAAUCCAUACAGAACUGGAGAUAAUAAAAUAACAUUCUUGGAAAUACUACUUUUGUUUUACUGUGGACCAUUCUUUUCAUGUACUGAAAUGGAGUAAUUUAAAAUAAAAUUUAGCUUAAUAAACAUUACACUAUAACAUCCCCUUUGUGUAUUUUUAUCUUGGCCAUUUAAAUCUUAGUUUGCUUUUUCAAUUAUUAUUCUUAAAAAUUCUUCUACUAGCUGCAUGAGGCUGCAACAUCUGGAUGGAACUCUUGACUAGAAGGAAAAAGGAUGAAACAGAAUUCCCUUGUGGGUGUCCUGCUUUCUCUCCUGAGUUACUUCUAAUAGUUUAGCAAAUCAUGUUUUAGAGAUUUGGUUUUGUUUGCAAACUUUGUAAUGCCCUCAUCCACGUUUACCAUACUUCCUGUCUUUCUUCUGAGUCAACUCUUAACUUUUUUUACUCGUUAUUACUAAAUGAACAAGUUUACUCAGCAGUCAAAAUUCUCAGGUCUUUCAGACAGAUUUUAAAAAGGAGUAGAAUGAAGAGCAUGUGAACUCUUUGGAACUCACCAACGAACCUCCUUAUGCCCAUGAAAAAAUCCAGCCCUGUACCUAAUUUUAAUUUCAUGGUUAAAUAUGAGAAUUCUGGAAACCAAGUUCCACUGGGCUCCUCUCAGAUUUCUCCCGAUUUCUUUCUCAGUUAACCCCACCGAUAUGUUUCACUUUUGACCGAAUUACCUUUCCCUAAAAACAAAACAAAACAAAAACAAACAAAAAAUGUCUUCACAUAGCUCCAUUGCUAUGUCUUCCAUUGUAGAGAAGUGAAACUGUGAAUAUAGACCACCAGCUAGUUUCCCUGAGAGAGAAUGGUUCAUGAAUUCGACUUCUUUUAAACCCAUAAAUCAUUUUCUUUGCCUAGAACCAGCCAUAAAAGUAAAUGAGUUUGCAGGCUCUGUGUAUUCUUUAAUUCCCCACAUUUCACAUUAGAGAAUUAAGUAAAAACUGCACUUUCAUUUACUAAGUGAUUAGUGAACUGUUGCCUAUGACAAGGUAAGAAUUUUUCUUCCUGCUUUUUAGUAACUUUCUGAGUGUUCACAUAGUAGUUAAGAGCACUGAUUCAUUACCUCACUCUCUUGGUUUAAAUCCUAACUCUGCCCCAUACUAAACAUAUGAUUUGGGCACAUUACUUAACCUGUUUGUGCCUCAGUUUCCUUAUCUGUAAAAUGGACAUCAUAAGGCCUACUUCAUUGAGCUGUUGUAAGAAGUAAAAGCUAUCUAUGUUCAUUAUUGUUAUUAUAUAGCUUUCUGGUAGACUGAGAAAGCUGUUACUAAUUUAGUAAAUUAAUAGUUAUUAACUUCCGAGGAAAAAGAAAU